ACGGUUUCCUGCAGCGGCGUCUGUGAGGGGUGGGGGAGAAGAGGAGGAGGAGGCGAAGGUGUGCUGCGACCCUGCACCAACUCUAAGAUGAGGGGCUGCGGGGAAUCAGAGCUGAAGUUCGUGGAAGGGGAAGAGGCCGUGGAGUCCCCGGGACCACCCCCAGAACCACGCGCCCAGGAACCCCGAGCUCCAGUGCCCGAGCCGGGCCUGGAUCUGAGUCUGAGCCCGCGGCCCGAGAGCCCCGAGCCGCGGAACUGCAGUCCGGGGCGGCGGAAGGGGCGGGCGGAGCGCCGGGGUGGGGCUCGGAGAGGGCGGCAGGUCCGUUUCCACCUGGCGCCUCCCUCACCCGUCCGGCCCGAGCCGCUGCCCGCGGCCGCUGCACCUAGCGACAAGCCCGCGGCGCCGCAGGAGCUGGAGGCGCCCGCGCGGCAGAGUAGCAUGGCCCUGAGCCUCGAGCUGCAGGCCGCGCGGGCCGCAUCCAUGGGCCAGUUUGAUGCCACGAAAGCCGUGGAAGAGCAUCUGAGAAAGUCUUUCCAGAUCCGCUGCGGCCUGGAGGACAGUGUGGCCGAGGGAUUGAACGUGCCGCGCUCCAAGCGGCUCUUCCGGGACCUGGUGAGCUUGCAGGUGCCGGAGGAACAGGUUCUCAAUGCUGCACUCAGGGAGAAAUUGGCGCUCCUGCCGCCGCAGGCCCGAGCCCCGCCCCCAAAGGUGAAGGGACCGGGGCUUGGACUUGACCUUGGGUCUCCUGUCCUCGCGGAUUUUCCUUCUUCCCAGCCUGUAACCUUGCUUUGGCCCCGACUCCAACAGGAGCCACCAGGGCCGGGACCGGACAUGACCAUCCUGUGCGACCCGGGCACAUUGUUUUAUGAAUCUCCGCACUUGACCGUGGACGGACUGCCCCCUCUACGGCUUCAGCCCCGGCCCCGCCCUUCAGAGGACACCUUUCUCAUGCAUCGGACACUGCGACGGUGGGAAGCUUAGACCCCAAAGCUCCCUGGAUUGCUAGUUCAUAUUUCUGUAGGUUAAAAAUUUUUUUUCAGAAUAAA